AUGACCGUGGACAGUCCCUUAUAUAUCGACAGCACUUACUUGACCGACCGUAAGAAGGACAUCAGAGAGAAAAUCAUCCCCUGGGAAGGUUUGGCUCGUGCCAAUGUCAUUUCUGAAGACGACGCCAACCACAUUAAGAUUUUGGAAAAACAAUCAUCAGAAAAUAAAAACUCCACCAUUUUGUCACAAUUGCAGUUGUAUACCAACACCAUUUUACACUUAUUAAAUAAAUUAUCAGUAAACUCUAGAGAUGAAGUGUUGAAGAACGUAUUAGUGUUGAUCAACGAUUUUCUUUUGGAAUUGCCAAAUCAAGAAUUUGCUGCUAGCUUACUUGAAUUGGGAGAGUUGGAUGAAUCUUUACCAUUUGCCCCUUUGUUGAAGCAUUUGGAGAACUCCAAUGUAGAUAUUAAAAUUUUGGUGUUGUACAAUUUGGUGAUCUUGCUUCGCAAAAAUGACCUGAAAAAGGUUGAUAAAGAAAUUGUGAUCAAGGUAUUCGACGCGCUCUCAGGACCAGAGUUUUUGGGUAACUUGAAGAAUUCUAGUGUCCAGUUCAUUGCCAUUCAGUUGCUACAAGAGUUAGUGACUCCAAAGUAUUACAAGGAGAUCUACUUGAGCAACAAUUUGGUCUCGAACUUCAAGCCCAUCAAUCAACUCAUAGGUCAACUGGCUAGGCUUCCAAAUCUGUCAGGUAUACAAUUAUUGUACGAUAUCUUGUUGACCACUUGGAUCCUUUCCUUCAAUGGCCAAAUUAAUAAGCAAAUAAUCCACAACUACCCAGAAUUGAUCGGGAACUUGUUAACCAUUUCUAAGGAUUCCAUUAAAUUGAAAGUUGUCAGACUUGCAGUUUCUACUUUAAAGAACUUCAUCAGUAGCAGUGUAAGUGGUGGUGAACAAUUUAAGACUAUAAAGUUAAUUUUGUUCCAUGAUGGAUUAAACACAAUUAAGGUAUUACAAGAAAGAAAAUUUGCACUGUCCACCAGUGAUGAAGAAUUAUCUAACGACUUGAUCUACUUAAACGAAGAAUUAACAGAUGUUGUUGAGAAUAAACUAACCUCAUUUGAUGAGUACUUGACCGAAUUGGAAAACCCCAAUUUGAUCAGCUGGUCGUCACCAACCCAUAAAUCUACCGAGUUUUGGUUAGAAAACAGUGGUAAAUUCAAAGAUUCUGGAUUCAAGUUAGUCAAGAGAAUUUUCGAAGUUCUAGGUGGGAACAUUGCACCAGCCAAGGUUAUUUUAUUAAGCGAUUUGCAGUAUUUGAUUCAGAAUCUAGGCAGUGACUUGAUUGCCUUCAUUAACGAAGGCAACGAUGGCCAGUACAAGUUGUUGAUAAUGAACUUAUUGGACAACAAUGAAGGUGACAGCGAGUUGAAGUAUCAAGCUUUGAAGACCAUUCAAUUAUUAGUGGGGCAUAACUAUUGA